GGAAGCGGAAAGCAGCAGUGCAGCGGCGGCGGCGGCGGCGGGGCUCUGCCUCUACAGGAGCCCAGCGCAGGCCGCAGAGCCGCGGCCGCUGUGAGCCGAGACCGCGGGUCACUGAGCCCCGCCGGCCGGCGCAGAGAAUUUGUUCCUGGUGAAGAGAAGCUGCUCCUCUGGUUCCCAGACUCCUUGAGGCUUCAGGAACCAGUGGGUGAAAUUCUUUACCUUGAAGGAGAAACAGUGCCUGCUCCUUCAUCAAGACGAAGCUCUCCAUUGCUAUGGAUACCGAAUCCACAUAUUCUGGAUAUUCGUACUAUUCAAGCCAUUCAAAAAAAUCUCACAGACAAGGGGAGAGAACUAGAGAGAGACACAAAUCACCCCGAAAUAAAGAUGGCAGAGGGUCUGAAAAAUCUGUCACCAUUCAAGCUCCCACCGGAGAGCCCCUGUUGGCAAAUGAUUCUACUCGGACGGAGGAAGUUCAGGAUGACAACUGGGGAGAGACCACCACGGCCAUCACAGGCACCUCAGAGCACAGCAUAUCCCAAGAGGACAUUGCCAGGAUCAGCAAGGACAUGGAGGACAGCGUGGGGCUGGAUUGUAAACGCUACCUGGGCCUCACCAUCGCCUCGUUUCUGGGACUUCUAGUUUUCCUCACCCCCAUUGCCUUCAUCCUGUUACCCCCAAUCCUGUGGAGGGAUGAGCUGGAACCUUGUGGCACAAUUUGUGAGGGACUCUUUAUUUCUGUGUCAUUCAAACUCCUCAUUCUGCUCAUCGGAACCUGGGCCCUUUUCUUCCGCAAGCAGAGAGCCGACGUGCCACGGGUGUUUGUGUUUCGAGCCUUGUUAUUGGUCCUCAUCUUUCUUUUUGUGGUUUCCUAUUGGCUUUUUUAUGGAGUCCGGAUUUUGGACUCUCGGGACCGAAACUACCAGGGCAUUGUGCAAUACGCGGUCUCCCUCGUGGACGCCCUCCUCUUCAUCCAUUACCUGGCCAUCGUCCUGCUGGAGCUCAGGCAGCUGCAGCCCAUGUUCACGCUGCAGGUGGUUCGCUCCACUGAUGGAGAGUCCCGCUUCUACAGCUUGGGACACCUGAGUAUCCAGCGAGCAGCUUUGGUGGUUCUGGAAAAUUACUACAAAGAUUUCACCAUCUAUAACCCAAACCUCCUAACAGCCUCCAAAUUCCGAGCAGCCAAGCACAUGGCCGGGCUUAAAGUCUACAACGUAGAUGCUGCCCUUAUGGCCAAACUGAAACUUUGUGUAACAGAUGGCCCCAGUAACAACGCCACAGGUCAGUCCCGGGCAAUGAUCGCUGCAGCUGCACGGCGCAGGGACUCCAGCCACAAUGAAUUGUAUUACGAAGAGGCCGAGCAUGAACGGCGGGUGAAGAAGCGGAGAGCAAGGCUGGUGGUGGCAGUAGAAGAGGCCUUCAUCCAUAUCCAGCGUCUCCAGGCUGAGGAGCAGCAGAAAGCCCCAGGGGAGGUGAUGGACCCUAGGGAGGCAGCACAGGCCAUCUUCCCCUCCAUGGCCAGGGCACUGCAGAAGUAUCUACGCACCACUCGGCAGCAGCACUACCACAGCAUGGAGAGCAUCCUGCAGCACCUGGCCUUCUGCAUCACCAAUAGCAUGACCCCCAAGGCCUUCCUGGAACGAUACCUCAGUGCGGGCCCCACCUUGCAGUAUGACAAGGAGCGUUGGCUCUCUACACAGUGGAGACUUAUUAGUGAUGAGGCUGUGACUAAUGGAUUACGGGAUGGAAUCGUUUUUGUCCUUAAAUGCUUGGACUUCAGCCUCGUAGUCAAUGUGAAGAAAAUUCCAUUCAUUGUACUCUCUGAAGAGUUCAUAGACCCCAAAUCUCACAAAUUUGUUCUUCGCCUACAAUCUGAGACAUCAGUUUAAAAGUUCUAUAUUUGUGUCUUUAUAUAAAAAGAAGAAUAUAUAAAGAGAUAUAUAUGUCCAGAGGGGUGUCUUUUAAGAAAAAAAAUUUUUUUAUUCUUCAUUGAUGACUGAAACUGGCAGAUGAUAGACCAGUAUCCUUUGACCAUCUGCACUUUAUUUGUAAAGAAACAAGGGAUGUCCACCCUGACAAAAAGUGACUGGUGGCCCCUGACAUUCAUAGAUGGGACUUCUCAAAAGCCGUCCUCUGGAGUUUCUGUGACGGCUGUAAACCAAAGCGGAGCUGCUGUGUCCUUGGGAGCCUCGCCUUACAACUAGUCCCUGCCUCUUGUCCAGUACCACGUCCCCCGUUGCUUCUGGUCAACCCCCUCCUGGAUUCUAGGGGACCCAUCUUUAUUCUGUUUCACCAGACACUGCACGUCCACGUGUGUGUGUGUGUAUGUAAUUGUCCGCAUCACCCACAGGAGUCAUGGGCGGUUCUGGAGACACCUGCCUUCAUCUUUGUUCUUUGUUGCCUUAGAUUCCUCAGAGAAAGGUAUACACACAGAAAAUGUGCACUGUCAGGUUACAGCUAUUAAGUGAUUUACUUUUUUCUUUCAAAGAGAAAACCUUCCUGCUGUUUCUGAUCCCACUCCUCUGUUAGUUAAACCAGGUAGCCCUUUCCUGUCCCUGGAAUCGCCCACCUGGACUUCACUCCAUCUGACCCUCUGUAGCUACACACCAUGGCCCCAUCUGGCAGGCAACCCUGGCCCGUCAAGCUCAGCCCUCCAAAGAUCUCCAUGUGUGCCCACAGGUUCUUUGCACGGCCUCAGCCCCACCCCACAGCUUGGUUCCACAGGGACGUAUGGCCCACCAGGUAGAACACAGGAAAGCAGACCUGCUGGCAUGCCCCUCGUAUGCUGAGCAGAAGCUCCACCCCAUCCUACCUAGUCCUUCUCCCCACUGUUCCAUACCAAUCAGGGGAGACUCACACUGUGACUCUGGGGUUGGCAUGUGCCACUUGGAGCCAUCUGAUUUCCGAGGGCAAUAAAUUCUUAUGUAGCUCAAACUGCCCUGCCAAGGGAGACCAAACAAUGCCUACCAUUCUGGCAACUACUGUUGGCCAGUUCCUGUGUCUUCUGACCACCGUCACUGUGCAACUUAUCACCUCAGCCACUUGCUUGGGGCUUGGUUGGUUCCUGAUGUAUCAGUUGUUCAUAGUUAUUGGUCACAUGGAGAGAAGAAAAGUGGAGGCUGCAGAGCUUGGGGAAAGGGGAAUAGGGAGCCAAUCUUCUAGUCCAGAAUGGUGGCUCUGUGAUCUGCUUCUUAAAUGCAGCUGGCUUCAGAGGGCUGUCCCCAAGCUGCCUACACUGGGGGCAGAGCUUGUCUUGGCAAAGCUCUGCUGCAGGGGAGUGCCUUCAGGAGCCCCAUCUGGACACCUUGCAGUGGUCUGUCUUUGCCUCUGUUUGCCCUCCCUUAUCUGCAGCAAAUCUGUAAAAAGGAUUCAUUCUUCCUUUCCCCCAAUAUUUAGGGUGACCAGUUAUCUUGUCUUGGUGGAGGAUGGCGGUGUUAAAAUGUAUGUCUGAGUAUGCACUUGCUAUUCCAUGCAUUCUGCAAGUAGCAUGGUAUUUUGCGCGUCCUUUUGUAAAAUUAAAAUAGGCUUUGGAUAUCUGUAAUACAGCUGUACCUGAAAAAGUGAACAUUGUUCUUGAUUCAACAGCCUUCAGCUCAAGAAGAUGUGUUGAAGAAGGAAGGAGGAGAAACCAGUGGGUGUGUACGAUUCAACAGCAUGGUUCUGUUUAAGAAAAACACAUACCAUGUAACCAUGGUGCUUUGUUCUUAGUUUUGCCUCUAGGUCCCUUCAAACUGGAAGUUCCUUAUGAUGUCUUUCUCAGGAAAUAUUUUGUAGGUAGGAUAAGAGAGGGUGAAUAUAUGUGAGACUUUGGCUGUGUAAAGAGAACAUCUCAGACCAGCCGCUACGCCAUGAAUACGGUGCAGUUGGGAAGUGCCAUAAACCUAUGUACCUAGAAUCAGUAAUGAUACUGUUCGUUAGCAUUUGAAAAUACUGUGCUUUUAACCGCAUCUUAAAUUACCAGUCUGGAAGGAGUUAAGUUGGAUUCAUUCACUUUGGCAUGUACAUUCCCAGCAGGGGGAAGAAAGGUUUAAAUUAAGGAAUUUAUUUUCUCUCUCCUUCUCUCCCCUUCGUCUCCCUCUUCCAGUCUUUGUACAGGAGAAUGUCAGACUUUCUGAAAUUAUUGUUUCUGUUUUAAAUUGAAUAUCGAUUUUUUUUUACACUAACUUUGUAUUGAGUCCUUCUUGAAAGAAUAACAAAAUCAAAUACAGGAUCUUAUAAAGCCUUUGUACUUUCAACAUCUUAAUAGCUAGAGUUACUGGUGCAAUGGGAACCAUGUAAAUGGCAUUAAAAAUGUAAGGUUGCAGAAAACUACAUCACACAAUUGAACACAAUAAAUUUUUAUUUCAGUUCUUGGAA